GGCCGGGAUGGCGGCGCCGGGCUGGGGGCCGCCGCGCGUGGACGGCUUCGUCCUCACCGAGCGCCUGGGCAGCGGCACCUAUGCCACGGUGUACAAGGCCUACGCCAAGAAGGACACUCGAGAAGUGGUGGCCAUCAAGUGCGUGGCCAAGAAGAGUCUGAACAAGGCGUCUGUGGAAAACCUCCUGACGGAGAUUGAGAUCCUCAAGGGCAUUCAGCACCCUCACAUCGUGCAGCUGAAAGACUUCCAGUGGGACAGCGACAACAUCUACCUCAUCAUGGAGUUCUGCGCGGGGGGCGACCUGUCCCGCUUCAUCCACACCCGCAGGAUCCUGCCCGAGAAGGUGGCUCGCGUGUUCCUGCAGCAGCUGGCUAGCGCCCUGCAGUUUCUGCAUGAACGGAACAUCUCUCACCUGGACCUGAAGCCACAGAACAUCCUGCUCAGUUCCUUGGAGAGGCCGCACCUGAAACUGGCAGACUUCGGCUUUGCACAGCACAUGUGCCCCCGGGCUGAGAAGCACGCGCUCCGAGGGUCCCCACUCUACAUGGCCCCCGAGAUGGUGUGCCAGCGGCAGUACGACGCCCGCGUGGACCUCUGGUCUGUGGGGGUCAUCCUAUAUGAAGCACUCUUCGGACAGCCCCCCUUUGCCUCCAGGUCCUUCUCGGAGCUUGAAGAGAAGAUCCGGAGCAACCGAGUCAUCGAGCUCCCCCUGCGGCCGCUGCUCUCCCGAGACUGCCGGGACCUGCUGCGGAGGCUCCUGGAGCGGGACCCCGCCCGCCGCAUCUCCUUUCAGGACUUCUUCGUGCACCCCUGGGUGGACCUGCGGCACAUGCCCAGCGCCCAGAGCCUGGCCCAGGCAACCGCCCUGGUGAUGCAGGCCGUGGAGAAGGACCAGGAGGGUGACGCGGCGGCUGCGCUGUCCCUGUACUGCCAGGCACUGGACUUCUUCGUGCCUGCGCUGCACUAUGAGGUGGACUCCCAGCGCAAGGAGGCCAUCAAGGCGAAAGUGGGACAGUACGUCUCCCGGGCCGAGGAGCUCAAGGCCCUCGUCUCCUCCUCCAACCAGGCCCUGCUGAAGCAGGGGGCCUCUGCGCGCGACCUGCUCCGAGAGAUGGCCCGGGACAAGCCGCGGAUGCUUGCUGCCCUGGAUGUGGCUGCAGCUGCCAUGGCCAAGGAGGAGGAAACUAGUGCGGAGCAAGAUUCUCUGGACCUGUACCAGCAGAGCCUGGGGGAGCUGCUGCUGUUGCUGGCGGCGGAACCCCCGGGUCGCAGGCGGGAGCUGCUUCAUACUGAGAUCCAGAACCUCAUGGCUCGGGCUGAGUACCUGAAGGAGCAGAUCAAGGUGAGGGAAUCUCGCUGGGCGGCCGAGGCCCUGGACAAGGAGCCGCUGUCGGAGUCCGUGCGGAGCUCUUGUACCCUGCAGUGACCACAGGACUGAACAGACCACGAGCCACCAGGAGGACCGACGCAGGCUCCCCGGGCCCCCUCAGAUCCCCCACCGCCCCCUGAGCCUUUGCUGGGUCUGGGCCAGCCUA